AUGGACCACCGUGUGCUGCUGCUGCUGCUGCUGCUGCUGCUGCUGCUGCUGACUGGGGGUGAGGCUCUGCAGGCUUCAGGUUCUAAUGUCCCAGCAGGGCCGUGUCCACAGAGACUCCUGGGACAGGAGAGGAGGAGGACGUGUCCCCGGCCCUGCAGCGCUGACCCAGACUGUGGCGUCAGACGUCAGUGUCUGUGCGACGGCCACUGUGGUCUCAGCUGCGUGGCUCCAGGUGAAUAUUUAUCUUCCCCACGUCCUGGUGAAAACUCUGAGGCUCGUCUCCUCUCUCCCACCCACGCCUUUUCUGCCCUCCUUGAAGUGCGCUGCCAGCCUGGAUUCACCUUGCCCAGUGGCUUGGACGCCACAAUCCGCCGUUGUCAAGGCGACCGACAGUGGAGUGGGGACGAGCCCACCUGCAUGGAACCUCAGUCCUCCAGACCAGCUGCUGCCUCCAGGUGCCCCCUCCCAGAGGACGUCCUCGGCUCCUUCAGCAUUCAGGGGGACGCCACAGUGGGGACAUCAAUACGCUACAGCUGCUUCUCUGGGGCAGAAUUGGUUGGGAGCAGAGAAAACUACUGCCUGGAAAAUCAGAGCUGGAAACAUCCUCACCCCGUCUGCAGAGACGUCAUGUGUCCGUCUCCACCCGAGGUGGAGCACGGCUACGUGGUGGCCGUCCAGCGGACCGAAUAUGAAGUUGGCUUCCACAUCCACUAUCUGUGCAAGAAGCACUUCCUCCUGGAUGGAGCCCAGAAGGUCACGUGCCUGUCCAAUGGCAGCUGGAGCGCCUCACCCCCUUACUGCAGAGGUGAGAGAGAGCCUGGGCGUUGGCCCUUUGACGUCACAGAUGCCAUGGUUCCUCAUGGGGAGAACGUGACGUUCUACUGCAAACAUCCUGGUCAUCAGUGCAGCGUCACUGCCACUCAGACGUGUUUUGAUGGAGAGCUGCAGCCGCCAGCGUGCUACCUGGAGCCAACGUGGCUGCAGUACAAACUCUUCCCUCACCGUCUGGUGUCAGAGAUCGAAGAAUGUCUGCUGGGUGAUGUGGAGUGACCUCCACCCACCGUACAGAACCUCAGGGAACCACCACAGUUUGAUCAACCAACCAGUGCAGAUGAGACCAGGCCGGAGCUGAAGCUGAAACCUGGCUAACAAGCUAACAGCAAAACAACACAAUGUCACAUUUCUUCUUCAGCUGGAGGUCAGGUCACUGCAGGUCAGAUCGUGUGGCAGUGGUGCUCACAUGUUGAGUUAGGUCUGUCCAGUGAGUGUCCAGUGAGUGUCCAGUGAGCGUCCUUGUAUUAAUUUCAUUGUCCCAUGGACCCCAUAUUUAGCCACAGUAGACAAAGUGACUAUGGUUGAACAUAGUGUAGCUUCACACAGUUUUCACACAGUGCUGGACGUGAACAUUUGACCUGUGUGUGAGGUCAACACGUUUGUUCACACACGGUUGGUUCAACAGAUCGAUGGGUUUAAGAAACGCUGUGAUCCUCAACAGGUCUC